AUCCGGAACCCCACUGGGCACGCGGAGAUCCAGACGCGACGCGAGACCUAACUGCUUCAGCAGCAGCCACCACGGCCACACACCCCGCGCGCGCCAUCCCGCUCCCAAACUGCCCGUCCCAGUCCCAGUCCCAGAAGCAAACAAACACGGCCGCGCGCGGCCCGCACCACCUGCCUGCAAUCGCCGCCAUGGAGGCCGUGGCUUGCGGAGGAGGCGGGGUGCUCGCGCGGCCGCUGCCCGGUCACAGCCACGGCGCUCGGCGGAGCUUCCUCGUCGUGGCGUCGCUCGAGGAAGCCUCCCCGGCGCCCCCGCGCAACGCCGUAGCCGUCGCGCACGAGAUCGCGCAGGCGCAGGCGCAGGCGCAGGUUGAUGAGUACGUCGCUUCUACCGCGAUCCUGCCGCCGCUCCCUCACGACCCUGUGAACACGGUGCAGGUCAAGUUCGUGCUGCACAGGCAGUGCGCGUUCGGCCAGCGGUUCCUCGUCGUCGGCGACGACCCGGCGCUCGGCCUUUGGGACCCGACCAAGGCAGCCGCUCUGGAGUGGUCGGAAGGCCACGUUUGGACGGCGACGAUGGACUUGCCAGCGAACAGGGCGGUCGAGUUCAAGUUCUUGCUGCAAGAUCCCUCGGGGCACGUCAGCUGGCAGCACGGCCACAACAGAACUCUGCAGGUAACAGAGACCUCGAACACAUUCGUAGUCUACGAAGACUGGGAUGACGCCAAGUGCCAGCAAGUAUUACAAGUGACAUACCCGUCGAUUGGAGCGGAAGACGUCCACUUUGCAGGAUCAUGUAAUGGCGCAAUUCUGCCAGACGAUAACGAAACCCAUGAGAAUCAACAGACCGACAAGGUGAUGACGGAUGUAGCACGCACGGAUGGUGGUUCUUCUCCUCAAAGAGAAAAGAAAAGGGCAAAUGGCGCCAACGGACCGCAGGACGGUCACCGGUUAGUGCAUACGAUUAAUCAUACGGCCGCCGAUGGUUUUCUGACACAGUUUACCUUGGAGAAAGACCACAAGGUUCCUGACGUGCUUCGCAGAAGAGCAAACAUGGCAGUACAUACCCUGAAAGAUGAAGGUGCGCCCGUCGAGAAUAGGGCGCCAGCCGGUAUGUUCGAAAAUGACAUGGCCUGGGUCAGCAAAGCCCUGCAGCGGUUGCUCCGGAGCCUCGGUCUCCAGAUUGGCACCACAGAAACAUGAAACAGGCAUAAUGAAUACGGUCUGAGACUUGCCGCUUUGGAGGCCAUGGUGUUCAUCCGCUGAAUACCAUUUCUGUGCUGCAAAUCUCAAGAGGCGAGAAAGGCUGUUAAUAGUGCACCAGUUAUCAAUUACAGCAGCCACUGUUUUUGAUGUAGCAUUGCAUAUAGGAAGUCCUCCCGGAAAAGCUGUUAUUAGUGCACACCCGUUAUCACUUACUAGCUUUCUUUGAUUUUGAUUUCUUAUCUAGUAAAUACCUUGUUUUGAAGGAAUCGUAAACCCUUAUCUCAA